UCCCGGUUGAAGUUGUUCUUCUGCGGUGGAUUGAAAUGUGUAAAAACAAAAAACAACAAAAAUAACCUGCAGGUUGUUAACAAAUAUCGUUUCAGUAAUAAACGCUAGAGUUUGGUUGCGCGGUUCACAUUCGUUACCGCUUUUAAUGAUAAUUCUCCAUUGAACGUGUUAAACAAACAAAAACCCCGUUUGGUGGUAACAACCAAUGUGACGACUCUUAACUCAUUCUUUGUGGGUUAACUGGCUAAUACAUAAAGCAGCUAGCAUUACCCGCCCGGAUGCGGUGAAAGCGCCUGGGGAAGCUAACGGCAGCGCAGCUUUUUGCUACGGACGGGCCUCGAAAAGGAGUUCGGAGGCACACUGAAAGAUGUCAGGCUGUCGGCAGCAGCAGCAGCCCGGUGCUGCUUCGGGAUCUGUACCGGGAACGAGCUCUGCGAGUACGGCAACUCCUAUCAUUGCUAGUAAUGGGGGGAGCAGCGCUAAUGCUAAUGGAAGUGCCAUUUCUUCACGAAGUCUCGGAUCCGGGAGCGAGGCGCAGCUACUGGGCGCACAGAGACCCAGUUUAUCCGGCGCCAACUACAGCAAGAAAAGACCUCUAUAUAACGGUCUUAUUAAUCCAUAUGAAGAUAAGAGUAAUGAUUUUGUGUGUCCCAUAUGUUUUGACAUGAUAGAGGAAGCUCAUAUGACUAAAUGUGGUCACAGUUUCUGUUACAAAUGUAUACGGCGGAGUUUAGAGGACAGCAACAGGUGCCCGAAAUGUAAUUACAUUAUUGACAAUGUGGAUCAGCUGUACCCCAACUUCUUAGUUAACGAGCUGAUCCUCAAGCAGAAACAGAGAUCCGAAGAGAAACGACUAAAACGGGACCACCCUAAUGGAACCAAAUGGCAGUUUUUCCAGGAUGUUCUUGGCACAGAUCAGGAGCAUCUGGAUUUAGCAAAUGUCAACUACAUGUUGGAACUGCUGGUGCAGAAAAAGAAGCAGCUUGAAGCGGAAUCACAAGCGGCUCAGCGUCAAAUCCUGAUGGAGUUCUUGAAAGAAGCUAGGAGGAAUAAGAGAGAGCAACUGGAGCAAUUACAGAAAGAACUGAACUAUUUGGAAGAGGACAUAAAGAGUGUUCAGGACAUGAGUGGGCUGUACUCACCAGUUAUUGAUAUGGACCCCAAUUUGGACAGCACUGUUCCCCAGUUUGGAGAAGCACACUCUCCUGCACCCAGCAGUAGCAUCAUUGAGCCCACUGAGUAUAUCCAGCCUCCGCAGUUUGGAGGAAGCUCACAGGGUAAAAGACAGACGUCAUACAAUAGCACUCUGGCCUCUCGGAGAAAGAGGCUAACUGCACACUUUGAGGACCUGGAGCAGUGCUACUUUUCCAACAGGAUGUCUCGAAUCACAGAUGACAGCAGGACUGUUAACCAGCUGGAUGACUUUAUGGAGUGUCUCUCCAAAUUCACACGUUACAACUCUGUACGCCCUUUGGCCACUCUGUCUUAUGCAAGUGAUCUCUACAAUGGUUCUAGUAUUGUUUCUAGCAUUGAGUUUGACCGUGACUGUGAUUAUUUCGCCAUUGCUGGUGUCACCAAGAAAAUUAAAGUUUUUGAGUAUGGAACAGUUAUCCAGGAUGCUGUGGACAUUCAUUAUCCUGUCAACGAAAUGACAUGCAACUCUAAAAUAAGCUGUAUCAGCUGGAGCAGCUACCACAAGAACCUGUUGGCGAGCAGUGACUAUGAGGGAACAGUGAUUCUUUGGGAUGGGUUUACAGGGCAGAGGUCAAAGGUUUAUCAGGAGCAUGAGAAGAGAUGUUGGAGUGUUGAUUUUAACCUUAUGGAUCCUAAACUUUUGGCUUCAGGCUCAGAUGAUGCAAAAGUCAAGUUGUGGUCCACUAACUUGGAUAACUCAGUCGCCAGCAUUGAAGCCAAGGCCAAUGUGUGCUGUGUCAAAUUCAGCCCAACAUCUAGGUAUCACCUCGCGUUUGGCUGUGCAGACCACUGUGUCCACUACUAUGAUUUGCGGAACACUAAGCAACCCAUCAUGGUCUUCAAAGGUCACCGCAAGGCUGUGUCCUAUGCCAAGUUCGUCAAUGGAGAAGAGAUUGUGUCUGCCUCCACGGACAGCCAGCUAAAGCUGUGGAAUGUGAACAAGCCCCACUGCCUGCGCUCUUUCAAAGGCCACAUUAAUGAGAAAAAUUUUGUAGGUCUGGCCUCCAAUGGAGACUAUGUAGCAUGUGGAAGUGAGAACAACUCCCUAUACCUGUACUACAAGGGGCUCUCCAAAACAUUGCUGACCUUCAAGUUUGACACUGUGAAGAGUGUUCUGGACAAGGACAAGAAGGAGGACGACACUAAUGAGUUUGUCAGUGCCGUAUGCUGGCGGGCUUUACCAGACGGGGAGUCCAAUGUGCUGAUUGCAGCCAACAGUCAAGGAACAAUCAAGGUACUCGAGUUAAUUUGAAGGUCUACUAGAAACAAUCAUCAGAUGCUUUUGUCAAACCAGAGGAAUACUUCAAACGGAAUGUGACGGAGCACAAUUUGGGGGGAAAAAACUCUGGACUCGAACACUGAUAUUUUCAAAAAGACGUGUGCUCCAGUAUCAGGACCGUUUGAGACCUCCACAGAGUGGAUGUGGACAUUUCUGGUGGAAAGUAAAUUGUGACUCUACUUUUAAAAGCCUCUUUUGGAGUAAAAUGCUUAUUUAAAGGCAUUAAUAAACAAAGACCAAGCCUUCAGUGGAGGCAAAUGUGACAAAAGUUAGAGCUAUGUGAGUACAAAGCCAAAGCACAAGACCAGAACACAAUGAAAUGCUUUUUGUUGUACAAAUAAUCAAUUGCUACAUUAUUCAUUCUUUUGAGCCUGUAGUAUCCAUAUAUUCUUGUCGUUUGAUACAGUGUCUGUCUAUAAAAUUUCCACUCUGUUUGGCUGAUGCCGCUGGACUCUCCAAAAUAAUUACUGGGCCUUCUUCAGUUGAUAUGUUGCUUAUGUCAAGGGACCUCGAGACUUGACUGCCUCAUGCAAAUAAGGCAGAUUUCCUUUAAAAUGCUUUGUAGGUCGUGUGGAAAAGAAUAUACUAAACUGAUUUUUAACUUUAAUGUCAUUAGUUGCCAUGACUUCCUUAUUCUUUUCCACCUUGUGGACAUAUUUUGUCCAACAUGGGGAUGAAUACGAUGUUAUGAUGACACUAUGUAUUCUCUGUUGGGAUUAUUUAACAAUCGCCCAAAAACAUUGCUGCUCUUUUUAUCAUUAAAUUUCUGUACAAGUAUUAUUUAUUUUUGUAAUUUAUAGAAACUUUGUGAACUUCACACCCAAUUAUAGAGUGUAGGUUUUUUGGAGCUUGGACUUAUGUUGCAUCCCAGUAAUUCCCUUUUUGUGUACUCAUUCUAUGAUUUUAACCCAUUCAUUUGAAUGAAUAAAUGAUUCUCUUUGCAUCUU